AUGGAGGACGACGUCAAGGAUGACGAGCUCUUCCUCGACCUGGCCACCGGCAAGCUGAAGAUGAUGGGCUUUGAUUCUGGCACCUUCUUCAAAGCCAGGCUCCACAGCGAAUUUACAGAUGAGUCCACACCCAGGGGGAUGCUCCCAGAUUUGGGCAUUGCACGGCCUGGAAGCGUUGUAGGUGGUGUCCAGUCUGGAUCGGGAAGUGCUUGGGACCAGCUGCGGCGUGGAUGGGACGUGGCCUUGGAGAAGGCCGAGGACAUCGCUUGGGAGCAGCUUUUCUUCCGGCGGCGGGUGGCGUGCGCUGUCACUGGAGGAUGGCCCCAGGGCAGAGCCCAGCCGGGCUUCCACCGCAUCCCCCGGAGCUUGGGGCAGACAGUGGUCCCAGAGCUGAGGUUAAUGGUGCGCAGCCGGCGCUGCGGCUCGCACGCGGCCCCCGCCCCCGAGCUGCCGGUGUCCCCUUCGAAAGAGGCAACAUCUGGGGAUACCCGGCCCGGGGCGGUUGAGGAGCGGCCGCGGGCCGUUUCUGGAGCCGGGCCGAGCGCUGACAGCCGCGUGUCGCCGGCAGGGAAGGCGCAGCAGGGCCUGACGGAGCGCUACCGGGUGGGCUCGCUGCUGGGGCGCGGCGGCUUCGGCAGCGUGUUCGCGGCGACGCGGCUCUCGGACGGCGCCCCGGUGGCCAUCAAACGGGUGCCACGGAACCGCAUCCGUCAUUGGGGCGAGCUGCCCAACGGCACCAGCGCACCACUCGAGGUCGUGCUGCUGGACAAGGUGUCCACCGGCUUCCCUGGUGUGGUGCAGCUCCUCGAGUGGCUCGAGCUCCCCAACAACGUGGUGCUGGUGAUGGAGCGGCCGGAGCACUCUCAGGACCUGCUUCGUUUUAUUCGAGAGCGGGGCUUCCUGUCAGAGGAGGUGGCACGGGAGCUCUUCCGCCAGGUCCUGGAGGCCGUGCGGCACUGCACCAGCUGCGGGGUCCUUCACAGGGACCUGAAACCAGAGAACAUCCUGGUUGACCUGGCCACCGGCCAGGCCAAAUUGAUUGACUUUGGCUGCGGCACCCACCUGCAAGACACAGCCUACACCCGCUUUGCAGGAACACCAUCGUACAGCCCCCCGGAAUGGAACCACUUUGGCUGGUACUACGGCGAGGCAGCUACCGUCUGGUCCCUGGGCAUCGUGCUGCACCAGAUGGUCUGCGGGCAGCACCCGUUCCCGAAGGGCCGGAACAUCAGCUGGGGCCAGCUGUCGCUCCCACAACGGCUCUCUCAAGACUGCAAGGAACUCAUCAGAUGGUGUCUGUCCCUGCACUCCUUGGACAGGCCCUCAUUAGAAGACCUGUCGUGUGAUCCUUGGCUGCAGGAUAUUCACCAUCCGUAGAAGAAGGGAGAGAGCCACAGGCACACUUUGAUCCAGGGAGCCGCCGGGGCCCUGGGCGGGGCACUGACAGCCUGCUCUCAGCC